GAGAAAGGCGACGCCUCCAUGUUUACUUUCGGUUCCGGCGGCCUCCCCGGGAAGGAUCCCCAGCGCCGCCCCCUGCCUUAGCCCCCCCGCCCCCGCGUAGUCCCCGUCCGGUCUCGAGCGCGCGCAGAGCCCAACGGCCCCCCCGCGCGCCUCCUCUGGAGACUGAGGCGGGGGGAGGGGAGGAGGAGCAGGAGCAGGAGAAGCCGCGCAGGAUGGCGCAGAAGAAGUAUCUUGCAGCAAAGCUGAAAAACUACUUAAGGGAAGACAAAAUUCAGCUGUGGAAACCUCCCUAUACAGGCAGCAAUAAAGAGGCCGGUGAAGAGCUGAAGGAUCUGGCACGGCAGUAUUCGGUGAGGCUGAAGUGCAACAACAAUGAAAUAGAGGCCCUUCUGGAAGAAAUACGUUGUAAAACUAUUGAGCGGGGAAGCGGAAAUGAAGCUUAUAAGGCAACAGGCAUUGCCACGCUUGAGGUGGCCCUACCUCCCAGGAUGGGUAAAACAAGAAAAGGGGUGCUGGAGACAAAACUGGUCAUCACAGGCAAGGAGCUCCGAUCUCAAAUAGCCCAGGUGUAUGGCUUGGAAGAAAAUUGCAUCAAAAUAAUUAUAAAUAAGAAGCAACUUGAGCUAGGAAAGACGCUGGAAGAGCAAGGGGUAGCACAUAACAUCAAAGUGAUGGUGCUGGAGCUGAAGCUGAGCGAGGAGGAAACCAGAAGAAAAGUCCGAGAGGAGGAAAUGCAGCAUGAGGAAGAGUUGGGGAAGAAGAAAGAAAUACACAGGAAGAUGCAAAGAACCAAAAAGGGUCUCGAAAUAUUGGCAAAAAGAGAAGACUCUUUGGAUCUAGAUUCGAAGCCUUACCUAGAUAUAGCAAACCAGACUGGGAGAAAAAUCAAUAUUCCUCAACAAGCCAAAAAAGCUCUCUUGUUAGCUAUGGGUUAUCACGAAAAGGGCAGAGCUUUGUUGAAGAACAAAGAAUAUGCCACAGCACUUCCAUUUCUGUUAGAUGCAGAUAAACACUUCUGUGAUUGUGGUUCAGACCUCCUGACCACCGUCGAUAAUUACGCAGUGCUGCAGCUGGACAUCGUCUGGUGCUACUUCCGCUUGGGACAGCUGGAUUGCCUCGACGAUGCUGAGAAAAAGCUCCUGGCUGCCCAUGACUGCUUCCAGAAGUGUUACGGGGAGAAUCACGAAAGGCUGGUCACUAUAAAAGGUAGUUCUGGGAGAGAGAAGGCUUUGUUUCUAAGGCUUUACCUGCUUCAAGGAAUAAGCCAUUAUCAUAACGGCAGGGAAGAAGAGGCUGCUGAAUAUCUGCAGAAGGCUUAUGGUUUGUUUCAAGAGUUGGGCAUAGAUCCUGAGAAAAUCAACUGCUUGCUGCUUCUGGGAUUUUCUGCCCAGGAAGCUCGCCUGGGUCUUCGCGCUUGUGAUGGAAAUGUGGAUCAUGCUGCCAGUCAUAUUUCCAACCAGAGAGAGGUGAAGGAGCAAAUAAGGCGAGAGGAGCGAGCCAAACGGAGAAAGCGACUAGAGGGCAUCAACUCCUUGAAAAGCAUGGGCUAUUCAGAGCGAGCAGCUAGAGAAGCUCUUCACCAGGCAAAAGGAAACCUUGAACUAGCAGUGAAGAUCAUUCUCGAUAAUCCCCAGCUGCUCCUCCCAGAGGAUGAUAGCCCGUUGCCUGAGGAUCCCUUCCAAGUUUCCCAGGAAAGCAUUAACCAAUUGGUGUAUAUGGGGUUUAACACAAAGGCAGCUGAGCAAGCCUUGAGGGUGUUCAAGGGCAACGUGCAGCUGGCCGUCCAGACGCUCGCUCAUUACGGAGGUUCCCUCCCUGAAGACCUGCAGGCUUCUUCCGAGAGCACCUCUCCCUCGAAUGAGUCCAGCUCUUCCCAAGGAUCUUCCACAGGCUCUGCAGGCACUUCUGGGGCGUCAGCUGAUGAAGACGUGGAAGCCGAUGUGCUCGAUGAGGUCAUGAAGGACAUUCCUGAACAUGAAGAAGAUUAUUUGGAUCUAACGCUGGAAGAGGAAGAGACGGUCAUCAAGGAGUACCUCUCUUACAUUCAGCACUUGCCAGCGGAAUCCAACUAGUCAAGGCUCUUGCACGCCAGCCUCUGUUGCAUCGAACUGCAUAAUUCAGACUUCAGUCCACAAGAAAAUCAGACGCAUUCAAAUCUUGCCGAAAUCCAUGGGGCACUCGGGUCGUGGCCGCCUUAGGAAGCCUCAUUCAUUUCAGAGGGGAUUCAGUGCAGCUGAUUUUGGGUGGGCUGGUGCCUUGGGUUGUCGACACACCUAAGCCACAUUUUUGCCAGAUGCCUUAAGUUCAGGGAGAUGCAUCGGGGCUGGUCUGUGUAAAACCUGUACGAUUAGUCUAUUGCCAUGUAGAGUGACACUGGAGGGCAAACCCAGUUAUAAAAGAAAUAUUUACAAAGGAAAUCUUUUAUAGAGAGAUUCACUAUAUAUUGGUGUAAAAUUCAUCUAUUUAAUUGGUAGAGCAAAUAAAACACUUUCUAUCUGUG